AAUCAAGUUAUUGUUAUUUUAAAACAAUCAUUGUAGGACAUAAUUUAAAAAAUUAAUUUACUAGGACUUAUGAUAAAUAGUUCAAGUGUGACUAAAUUGUUUUCUAAAAAUUAGAGAACAAUUAGUCAAUCAAGUGUGUAUCCAGAAAUUCUUUAAAAAUAAAGUAACAAAAAGCGUAAAUAAAAAUAUCUCAUUACCUGUCAAAUUUUCAAAGAUUAUCUGGAUUUAACAAAAUUUAUUUUAUAAGGAUAAAAAAUUCAGAUAUAUUUGAAAAUAAGAAUCAAAAUCUUUUGUAUUAUUUUCAAUGUCAUGAACUGCAUGCGCAUUUAUUAUCGGUAAUGUAGAAGAUAACGCGAUUUAGUUUCAAUUAUUUUAUAAGAAAAGAGGCGCUGAUGGAUCUAAAAACUUGAAAUACACGAUGGACGCUUUGAUAUAUCCAAUUUCGUAUUUUAUAAAUGGUCAAAAAAUUUUCCACGUGGAUUUUUUUGCGAAAUUCAUAAAUUAAACUUCCUGCAGUAUGUCUUUACAGAAUAUACAGGAAUUUGAACGAAGAGCAGAUACAGCGGAAAAAGAUAUUGAAUAUUUAAAACAAGAAAUUGAAAAAUUAAAACUAAAUAUUACUAAAGAGCCUAAAGAACAACAUCUGUCUGAUGAUUUUAAUGAAUUGGUACAAGAGAAUGCCAAAUUAAAACAUCGUGUAGCUGUAUUAAAAAGAUACGUGGAGUCUUUAAGAGCAAAAGAAAGUGGACAAAGUUCAUUAACAAGUGAAAAGAUGAUGAGUAUAAAUAAUCAACUGAAGGAAUUGUUUGCAGAAGCUAUUCGAAAAGCUUAUUCCGAUAUUACUGAUCCCCCUGUGGUUAUUUCUUUAGCUGGUAAUCCAGAAUAUGGUGAUUAUCAAUGUAACAGUGCCAUGGCUUUAUGUAAAUUACUUGGAGCUCAAGGUAAAAAAGCUCCACCAAAAACGAUUGCAACUAAUAUAGUCAGCAAUCUUUCAUCGUCUCCGUUAAUUGACAAAGUAGAAGUUGUCAACGGAUUUAUAAACAUAUUUUUAAGUCGUGAAUAUGCUAAGAAUACCCUGACUAAUUUACUAAAGCUAGGCAAAGCUCUUCCUCCUGAAGUUCAAAAACAAAGGAUUCUUGUCGAUUUUUCGAGUCCAAAUAUUGCAAAAGAAAUGCAUGUUGGACAUUUAAGAUCAACAAUUAUUGGUGACAGUAUUUGUAGAUUAAUGGAAUAUUUAGGUCAUGAUGUAUUACGAAUUAACCAUGUUGGAGAUUGGGGAACUCAAUUUGGAAUGCUAAUUGCUCAUCUUCAAGAUAAAUUUCCAAAUUAUUCAACUCAGUCAUCAUCAAUUUCUGAUCUGCAGAGUUUUUAUAAAGAAUCUAAGAAACGAUUUGAUGAGGAUGAAGAAUUCAAAAAACGAGCCUACAGCUGCGUUGUUAAAUUACAAGCUUUUGAUCCAGAUAUCAUUAAAGCUUGGCAGUUAAUUUGUGAUGUGUCUCGUCGAGAAUUCGAUAAACUCUAUAAACGAUUAGAUAUUAAAAUAACUGAACGAGGAGAAUCUUUUUAUCAAAAAAUGAUGGAAAAUAUAGUAAAAGAGUUGGAAGAAAAAAAUAUGCUAGAAGAAGAUGAAGGACGUAAAAUAAUGUGGGGUGAAAAGCCGAAUGUUGGUGUGCCUUUAACAAUCGUAAAAUCAGAUGGAGGAUUUACUUACGACACUUCUGAUAUGGCAGCACUUAAGCAUCGAAUUAACGAUCAAAAGGCUGACUGGAUUAUAGUAGUCACUGAUGCUGGACAAGCAAUACAUUUUCAAAUGCUUGAUAGUUGUGGAAGACGUGCUGGAAUUUUGCCUCCUGAUAAAAAAAUGACUCAUGUAACAUUCGGUGUUGUUUUAGGAGAAGACAAAAAAAGGUUCAAAACUAGAUCUGGUGAUACUGUCAAGCUUUUAGAUUUAUUAGAUGAAGGAUUGAAACGAGCAUUGGAUAAAUUGAAAGAGAAAGGACGUGAUAAAGAGUUAACUGAAGAAGAAAUCAAGUGUGCUCAAGAAUCAAUUGCUUAUGGCUGUAUUAAAUAUGCCGAUUUAUCGCAUAAUCGAAAUCAUGAAUAUGUUUUUUCAUUUGAUAAGAUGCUGGAAGAUAAAGGAAAUACAGCAGUUUAUCUUCUUUACGCUUUAACUAGAAUAAGAUCAAUUGCUCGAACUGCCAAUUUAACACCUGAACAAAUAAAAUCUGCAGUUGAAACGACACCUCUUUGUUUAGAUCAUGAAAAAGAAUGGAAAUUAGCAAAAGUUUUACUUAAAUUUUCUGAUGUAAUUUUGGAAAUCAGCAAAGAUCUAUAUUUACAUAUUCUAUGUCAAUACUGUUACGAAAUUGCGUGUGCAUUCUCCGAAUUUUAUGAUAAUUGCUUUUGUGUUGAAAAAAAUAAAUCAGGCGAGAUUGUUAAAGUCAAUAUGAGCCGUAUUUUAUUGUGUGAAGCAACAGCUAUUAUUCUUGAACAAUGCUUUUCAUUACUUGGUCUAAAACCAGUAACGCGUAUGUAAUUUUCUAAUUUUGUAAUAAAUACAAUUGUUUUUAAUUAUUGCUUAUAA